AAUAUGCAAUCUACAGCCGUUGAACGUUGAACGGCCUCCAAGUACCAGUAAGCCUUGGACGUCAAUAUUUAAUAUAUAUAGGCAGGAAUCUCAGUGCAAAGCCUAGCAAGUACUCUCAUUCUUGUGGUCACUCCAGCUUGCCUAUAUAGAUCCGCAUUCAUCAAGCUGCCAGAGCGAUAAAUGGGUUUCCUUUCUGCCUGGACCUUCAAUGUGUUUCCUAGGAAAUGGUGGAAAGUCCAACCGGAAACAGAGGUGUCGGGUUCGGCGCACCUGGAUGUAGAUGUCAACGAUAAUGGACGCCAGCUGGUCGACCUUACCACGAAGGUUGUCAAGGAAUUUACUUAUGCUAUUGCACAGGGCAGCUUUGGUGACGUGUGGAAAUGCAGAAAAGAUGACAAUGUGGAGGUGGCCGUUAAAUGUGUAAGGAUCGAAAUUCAGGAUGACCGAUUCAAGGAUAUCGUCAACAAGAGGUUGAUCAACGACUUCCGCAAGUGGAAACCACUCCGCCAUGACAACAUUCUUACCCUGUGCGGGAUUGCCUACGGGUUUGGUCCAGUGCCAGCUAGCGUGUAUCCGUGGAUGUCCAACGGAUCCUUGAGCACAUAUCUCGAUAAAAACUAUGACGAUCUUUCCAUGACUCACAAGUUCGGCUUGCUUGUUGAUGUAGCUGCUGGCCUUCAAUAUCUCCAUUCUAAUGAAGUGGCUCAUGCAGAUCUCACAGGUAGCAAUGUACUCAUCGAUAGCGACGGAAGAGCUCUUGUAGCAGACUAUGGGAUCUUGACUACAUGUUCGGACCUAAGCGGGACCUCUUACAUCAGGAGUAACGUGCGAUGGGCUGCUCCUGAGCUUUUCGAAGUUCCGGAAACCGAGGAUGCGCCUAGCUCACCGAAACUAGAAAGCGAUGUUUAUUCUUUUGGGUGCAUCACAUACCAGGUCUUAUCGGGCCAGCAGCCAUACUAUAACAUUCGCAGUGAUCACCAGGUGGUUGUGGCCAUCCUCAGAGGUGCCAAGCCUAAGCGUCCAGAUAUCCCUGUCAUUGAAGAUUGCCAUUGGAACCUCAUCGAGCAAUGUUGGGCCGAGCUAUCACAGCGACCUCCCAUUGCUGAUGUCCGAGAUUUGAUGUAUCACUAUAGAGAUGCUAUAUGUUAACUCAUGUUUUGUAUGAUGUAGACAAGAGUAAGGACUCUGUUCUCCACGCCCUAACCAAACGAAGACGCAAGUUGUCCGCGUGUCUCAUCGAUGCAAAGAGCUACUCUUCGUACUCUUCAAACGCCUCAUUUCUUUUAUUUCUUGGACAUGGACUUUUUCUUUUUCGUAUGCGCACCUUAUCUCCCUUUCAUACUCGUACCCAUAAAAGAGUGCCUAUACUCAUGUAGACGUUAUCGAAUCCAGUGCGUUUCAACCCCAAAGCCGACUGGGGCGAAACCUCCCCUAAUUGUCUCAAGUCUUUCUUUGAAAAUGCACCAACUAAAUGGACG